AGCAGGCUUCCUUGUUUGAUAUUCCCCAUCCAAGCUAUGCAUUUUCGUCGAUUGCAUUAGUGCAGAUGGAGGCAAUCCCUAUAAUUCAUGACCAAUUACUGACCCCAACAAUAUUGUUGAUAUUUAUUGAUGAAGCAUUCAUUUAACUACUCGUGUUUGGUAGAUAUGUCAUACGUAUUUGAGAAGUGUGAGUGCUCUUUUUAUGAACCUCUAUUGACAAGAUCACUUCUUUCUUAAGCUUUUGCUUUUUUUAGUUAUUGUAUAUAAUCGCUCGAGACUCUGCCUCUGCCAUCUUCCCACGCUAGUACUUCUGUCUUUCCCAUUCUUGCUCGUUUUUUUGUCUUGAUUUGAUACCUCUCCAAAAGCAAAACCGACCAAAGCCUGAACUUUAUUCAUUCAAGUAAAAAUUCAUAUUCAUCGCUACUGAUAAAUUCUAAGAACAUCAAAAUGAGUGUUGCUGCCCCUCCUCGUCUUCCGCCCAUCGGGCACCAUGCUGAGAGCACUUCUCAGAUAGCGAAAGCGAACGGCACGAAGUGGAGCAACCACAGCCAGUUCAACCGCGAUCCAGAUAUUUGGAUCGGCGUAGCAGACGUCGUCAUAUGGCAACUAGCCAAAGACGCCCUUUUCUCCAGCUCGGGGGCCAAGGGAAGUAAAGGCUCCUCCUCUAUUCGCGUGUGGUCCUGCGGCUGCAGCAGCGGGGAAGAAGUCUACUACAUGAGGAUGAUGUGGAUUAAGCGCUUUAAGGAGAUCUUUCCGGAAGUAGAACUUCGAGUUCUAGGCACGGAUCUUAGUCCGGACUGCAUUGUAGCCUGCAACAGGGGACAGUAUGAGCACCAUUCCGUGUCUGUUUUGCCAAAAGAAUGGCAGGACCAGUUUUUCGAUCCGCUGAACCUACGACCCCUGCAGUCCCUUGUUGUCCAUGUAUUUGUUCUACUAUGUAUCUUAGAUUUUGAUUGAUUUUUACUUUUUGCUACUAGAAAGAUGUGAACUUAGUAAUGAACGUCUUUCAAAUUUUGGGAAUCUUUCCUCAGAAAUGCAAAUGAUCAAGUAGAAACAAUUUCGUUUUUCAUUCUCAACAAAAGGAACAAGCUGUCAACCGCGAUCAUUCCUUUUUCGCGAAGCCGCUUGCGGGGAACGCAUCAGCGGUUGCGGAAGCAUUUCGAGCUGCGCGAAGGGAAAAAUUUGAGGGAGCAGGAUCUGCAAAUGGCAAUAGUACCAGCCGCAGGGUGCGCCAAGAUUCAGUCAUUCGUCGCGGCGUUGAAUUUGUCCAGCAGGACAACCGCAAAGAGAUGCCGGAUGAGACCUUUGAUUUGAUUACGUGUCGCUACUCCUUGGUUUUGUACACCAAGCAUGACUUGUGGGGUGCGUUGGUGCGUUUGAUUGAGCGCCUUCGCGUCGGUGGUUUUCUGGUAGUUGGAAAGACGGAGUCCUUGCCUUUGGGCUUUGCGGAUCGCUUUAAUUUGGUGCGCGUGCUGCAUCCAGCCGGCAUUUUUCAGAUGGAUUCGAACGUCACUUGGGGCUCACAAUCGUACGACGCAACGCAGCGUUCGGGCGACCAAAUCCCAGGUGUCUACCAGAAAAUGAGUGCAGCCGACAGAAGGGAAAAACGAGAGGAACAGACUGCGCAACUCAAUGCAGCUGAACAACAACAACGACAACAGCAGCUGCAGAUGAUGAACAAGACUUCAUCCAGCGUCAGCAUGAUCAAGGCAGAAACUUCUGCUGCCGCAGGUUCGGCACUCGAGGUAGCGGCUAAACUAAAGCAAGUUGCCAUUGCAGAAGCUUCGAAGACAGUGAGCGCAACUAACCCGCGAGGCCUACAACAACUUGAGGAACAAUCGACAUCGGCAGGCUCCAGCGAUGAGCGCAGCAAUAAUGGUUCUUCUGACCGCGUCGGUGGCAAGUUGGCGGGUCAUCGCUCAGCCUCGAUGCCAGCCCAUUCCACUGCCGAGCAGAAGAAUGGCCGUUCUUCAGCUUUGAGUUCCCCCCGACGCGGAGCAUCAAAGGCAGCAGCGACAUCGUCCUCCGACGACGCUGCCUUCGGGACUACUUCAUCAAACACCACCACGAGCAGUAGCGACGCGUCAAAGCCAAGUGGCUUUCAGUCUUCGUGGGACACACUGAGGCGAUCCGCUAGCAUGGUCAGCUUCGGUAGCGGCGACGUCACAGGAAAGCGCGCACAAGAUGUGGCUGCGAUUGCUAGUAAAGUCCGAGUUCCAUUGAAGAAACCAGUUUUUUUCGUUCCCUCAGAGGACAAGUCAACUAACGACGCGCGGUUGCAGUGCGGUACCUACGGCGUUUUUCUGAGGCGGCAUCGCGGAGGACAGCAGCCGGACUGGUUGCGGAACAAGGUGGGCGCGGCCGCUUCCAUAGGCCGACCACGAGUUCCCAUGCUUGACCGGAGCAAAGAAAUUUUACACCGCAAGCGCGUUAUGCUGAACUCUACUGAAGAACUGACGGAACGCGUGGACCCAAAAGCAGUACUGCAGAAGUCUAUCGACGUUUAUUCUCGAGAAAUCAACAAACACCGGACAGGCGUUGGAGCAGCUGCGCACAACAGUAAACAAACCACCACCGCCUCCGGAACCGCCAACAACAACAAGUCAAUUGAGACCGGAGUGUCGAGGCCGUUCACGCCAAGCAAAACAACAUCAAGCCUCUCAACUUCCGAAACCAAGACCACUUCCUACGGCUCCCCGAAUCGAGCCGCUUCAGAAGCACGCGAGGGCUCUUCCCCCGCGCGUGCGGUGGCGCCGGCAACGCGCUCUACUUCUGUCACCGAAAAAAACAACACCUCCUCAUCCGCCAAAGGUGUCCUGGCCCCGAACUCCAGCGUGGCAACUGGGGCAGCGACGUCGGAGUACCACUACGACGCAAAUGGUCGUCGUGUAUACCUCAAAUCCGCAGAGCAGCGCAACUACGAGAAAGGCAUUAAGGACAAGACAGCAGCGAAUCGAGGAGGUAUUUUUGAAAAAAAUAGAAAAUUUGUUCUCUCUCUCUUUCUCGCACAUAUGUUCAUCAAACCAAUAUUGUCUCUCAAUAAUAAUCCUACGUGUUAUAAGUUGUUCGUUCUUGUACUGUUACUGUUUAUCUUCCUACAGUUGCUCUUGCACUUGCUUCUACAGUAGAAGGAGAGAAUAGGAAAAGCGAUUCAGUCGUUCGCUGUAACAUCAUGCGCGUACGACGGUAAAUGUUAUCUUUUUAGCUUAUAACUCAUCUUCAAUCUCUAUCUCAUUCUCAAAUAACUUCUACAGAAUUCAUGGGAGCAGCGGAAGCUCGGGGAAGAGGGACAGACAAGAGUGAUUCUGAUGAUGCAGGUGAAGGCGAUAGCUCGACCAAAAAACGAUUAGCAACUACAAGCCCGUACCGUAGCAGGCCAGCAGAUAAUACAACGUCGACUACGAAAACAAAAACUGUUCCUUCCACUUCAUCUGACGACGCGGCAAGCGUGAAUCGAGCCCAGGGCAUGCAACGUAGCGCGUCCUGCGAGCUGACAUCUGCAAAUAUGAAGGCAGCAGCAACAAGUGUUGAAGAAAGAGGAUAUUCGAAAGAGAAGCCGGGCACACCCUCUGGUGGUUUGACACGGUCUUCGUCAACGUCUAGUCUAUCAGGUUCAUUGGCGACAGGAUCAAAUAACCUGACGAGUAGUAAAACGACUAGCAAGACCACGUCCGGUCAGACCACGACAUUGGCGUCAUAUCUGGCCACGCGAAAUACUUCAAAGCCAGCAGGUUGGACAUCUUUGAAGGGUGCCGCGUCUGGUGAUAGUGGAGCAAAAAAGGCAUCCUCGUCAAUGCAGUCGAAGUCGUCCGCAACAAACUGCAUCGGUAAAAACAAAAGUUCAGUCUCAACAGCGCGCAAUGAAGCUGAGAUUGUCGCCAAUUUGACGUCGCGACAACGUCCGGAUCGACCACCAACGCCUCUGCGUGACUCUCGUGGAGCUUCUCGCUUGAUGCGCAUGCGAGAGCGAGAGGAAGCCGCUGCCCCACUCGGGAAGACGUCGUCCGCAGCCGCACUAUUUGGCUUCGGAAGUGAGGACAACACCAACAACAAGGCAGACGGUUUGUCGGGAGUUACAACCUCAUCGGGUACGUCUUCCACUGGCGCAGGUGGAGGAAAGCAACUUUUUUUGGACCAAUACUCGCAAGUUUACCCAUGGGCUAAGGAUUUGCUGGCCUUGGAUGAGGACAGGCUUUGGGCUGCAGCGACUUUGGGUGAACAAGGCUUUCAACAUGCCAGAGCCCAGAGCCCGAGACGCCAUAAAGAUUCGACUGAAGACCAAGACAAGAACCGCUCUUCCUACUCCGGACUCACUUCUACUGGUAUACCUUCGAGUUCGAAUGCCGCACGAAACAAGGUGCUGUUGAAGCCGGCAAAAGUUGGAAUGGUAAUCGACCACAGAAACAACUCCUCUUCAGCAGAAACUUCUAACAUCUAUGGUGGUGCUUCGCAAGUACCAGGAGCGCAAAGAGGUCCAUCGUAUGCCAAUGCUCGCAUGGUAGGCGGAACCGCAUUCGGAGGAGAGUCCUCUAUUGGUGACGUCUACACGCCUGCUGGAGGAGUGCGGUCCCUGCGUCCGCCAAAGGACCGUCCUCAUUCACCGACAACGAAGCUUUUGAUGAAAAAUCACGACGACCUCACAAAUCUCUUGGGCAAUAACAAGGGCGUAAGGGACGCUUUCGCAGGUGGGACCAGAGAAAUAUUCUCGCGGGGCAAUGGGAAUGUUGGUAGGUGAUAGUAGACUAGAACAAAAGCUCAUAAUAUAAUGAAUACCUAACGAAAAAGGACUCAAAUACAUAUACAUAUCUACACAUACAACAGCUUAUGGAUAGCCUAGAACCUUCAUCGGAAAAAAGACGGUGUCUGGUCAGACUACCGCAAAAAAGAUUGCGGUUCCGGGCAAACCAAAAAAUGCUUAAUGUAGUGACCCUUCUUACGGCGCUAUUGGUAUUGCAUCAUUUUACAGUUUUUAUCUCCUAAUACAAAUACUUUUUUAUCAUCUACUUCUACAAACUAAUAUGUUGAAUAUUAUCAUCAAGGGGAAAGGAUUCCAGAUCCAGGUGCUCAAGAGUUGCCAUAUUGAACAGACACUAACACUAACAAAUAACUAACAUGAUGAUCAAAAUUCAGAAAUUUCGAGCAUACACUUACACAGAUACAGUUACAGAUUUCUAGCAUAGUACCCUACACAUUCAGUUUAUAUCCACAUCACAUGAGUUAUCACCGUAUCCAUCGCAAAAACGAAUAGUCACAUUGUUUGAUCAAGUAAUGCACAUUAUCGUAAACAAGACGCUUACAACGCUAGUAGUACCUUGUCCAUUUUACUGGGUUUUCAUCCUCGAAGUCAAAAAAUUUAUUUUCUGGGAUGGAGGAUGAGGAUGAAGGGCGACUUAGUGCAUCACUCCUAUCAUGAUCUCAGCAUAAAUCCACAUGGGGACGACAGUGUGCAACUUGUACAGGAGGUACAAAGGCAAGGAUAGGUAUGUACAACAGCUGCCUAAAAAUGAUACUAGUGAUAAUAUUAAUAAUUUUUCUUUUUUAUAAUCAAUGAUCUACAAGCCAGCUGCAAGAGACAAAACGCAAGGAGAAAGGCGUCCUCUACCCGUCAAGCAGUUGUCGUUUUCGUACGAGGCAAAGUAUGCUAGGUAGCACGCCAGUCUCGCUUACAGGGUAGAGGGACACUGUACAUCAGCAGGCGCAGGAGUGCCUUGGAAAAUCACUUUUCCUGGAUUGCGGAAACUCAAUGAACAUCAAGGUCAACUUCAGAAAAUACCCGCAACCGCAUUUAGAUUGAUAGGACUUGAUCUCCUCCUACUUACUAGGUAGUAGGUCCCUGGAAAAAAAUCAUUCUUUUCAUGUUCUUGGACGUGGCUCUCGGUGAUCACGCCGGUCGUGCACAGCGAU